CACGCGCACGGAUUAACCGAGAGAGAGAGAGAGAGAGAGAGAGAGAGAGAGAGAGACUGACUGCUCUAUACUAUCUCAUCAGAUUAAUUAAUACUACACUAUGCUGACAGACUUUUGACGGACUUUACUGCACAGGAUUGGUUGCACACUCCUGCGUGUUUAAUUUCCUCCUCCAAGUGUCAAAGCUGAAAGUGUCCUUGCAAAGAGAGAGAGAGUUAAGAUAAGAGAAAGUCCGGGAGGAUGCUGUCGCGGAGCUCGUGCUGCUGCUGCUGCUGGCUGCUCGCGGUGCUGCUGAGCCACGCUGGAGUCAAAGCGACCAACCACAACAAGAGCAACAACUCCAUCAAAACGGCGCCGCUCGGAGAAGCGCCCACACCCGCCGCCGCCGCAGCCGCCGCCGCCGCCGCAGCUGCUGCGCCAACGCACCCGGGAAGCGCCGCUCACGUGCUGGCGAAGAAGGCCAACGUUCCCGUACAGGUGUACAGCAUUGAGAGUCAGUGCAGCAGCGAUAAGGACUGUGCGGUCAGUAGUUACUGUCACAGCUCGCAACACGCUCCGUCACGAUGCGUCACCUGCCGCCGGAAGAAGAAGCGAUGCCACAGAGAUGCCAUGUGCUGCCCUGGGAACCGCUGCAGCAACUUUAUCUGCGUUCCAUUCCCCGAGAACCUCAAGACUCACCACAUCCCACCUGUAAAGGAGCACAAAAAGCUAAGCAAAGACAAAGGCUGGAAAAAGAGCAAGGUCUCCCUCAAAGGUCAUGAGGGCGACCCUUGUCUGCGUUCCUCAGACUGUUCAGAGGGUUACUGCUGUGCCCGCCACUUCUGGACAAAGAUCUGCAAACCGGUACUACGCCAAGGCGAAGUGUGCACCAAGCAACGCAAGAAAGGCACGCACAACUUGGAGAUCUUUCAGCGCUGCGACUGUGCCAAAGGCCUGGCGUGCAAAGUGUGGAAGGAUGCCACGUCCUACUCUAAGUCCAGACUGCACGUGUGCCAGCGGACCUGAGAGGAGUGAAGGAGUGUCAGUGAAUGUGGUAACUGCCCCAGAAGGCACUUUGUUCCCUCCAGGGAGCGAGGUGGAGAGGACUCACUCUUCCCAGGACUCAGAAAUAUGUGAAGGGGAAUUAUGGAUAAGCGAGAGGAGAUUACAGUGAGACAGAGAUUCAUCUGGGCCAGUGUGUGUGUUUGUGUGUGUGUGUGUGUUUGUGGGUUUGUAAUGGAUGAUUGACGUUCACUAUCGCUCAUUGAGGUUCAUGAUUAGAUACAGCUUUGGCUCGUUUUUACCAAGCGUCUUUUCGUGAUUCUUUUUAUUUUUGCUGCACAUGUUUUGAAGAGAUUUAUUUGAAAGCCAUAGCCUUAACAACAGGUAAUGAGGUAAGGAAAUAAUUUCACUGUCAGUAGGAAUUUAGGCUUGACAGCGAUCUAAAGCAGGACUGAGUUAUCCAGUGAUGAGAAGCACACAGAUUUCAUACACAUUCUGCCAGGCUUCAGGAUAAUCUAUCAGAAAUAACCACUAUGUUCCAUGGAUUCUGCAAAAAAUAUACAACCAUAAUCUCUUACUGUUCUGUACACUUAAGUAUAUAACCACAUGUUCAUGUCUGUUAAGUCUACCACAUCUCAUUUCAAGCUUAUUACUUUUUUAUAAGCACUCAUUUUUUAUACUGUCAAAAAAAAAUAAAUAAAUAGUGCACUGUCACUUAGUCUCAGCAUCGUUGAAUAUGCAGAAUGAAACCAUGCUCCACUGUUGUUUACUAAUUUAAGGCUGUAUUCAUUGUUGAUGUCUUAAGUCUACAAAUUCCAUUAAUAUUAUGGUGCAGAGAUAUGCUAUAAAAUAGCACUUGAUCCAGCACAUCCUAUUAUUUAUUUCUAUAGUGAUCAGCAAUAACAUCACUUGAAGCCUGAACACCAUCAUUAUCUGUGUACAGGAUAUUGGAUAUUUUAUCAUGCAAUUUUGAUUUGUUUAAUAAAAUUAAUAAAAUAA